AAAGGGAGGAUCUAGUGAAACAAAGAACGCGGUCAGCGGCUAUAAAACGCCGAAUUUUCACUUAGCUCGGCGGGAGAGUUCGAUUCUUCCUUGUCUCUCAUUUCUUUUGCUAAUCCAGGUCGAAACUACCUCUCCAAUUCUUUUCUAUACUCUCUGUGUAAAAUUUCAGUUGAAGUUUUCGGUUUACGUAAACCCUAGGUCGUGAUGAGUCAACCUAUGGCUCCCGAAACUGCAGUACGCGGCUUAAAAAGGAAGGGACAUGGUGCCGGUGUGGAGGACCAUGGCCAAACCAGUGAUGCGAGUGACAAGAGCCUUGGUCCACCCGACGAUUUUGAAGAUGUUCGUCCUAAAACUAAGCGCAGUCGUGCCCCGGAAGGGACUUCAGGUUCAGUGCAGAGAAGUCAAUUACGUUUGAUGGAGCUUAUCAAAGGUAAUGGGAAAAUUAUUCCUCAAGUGGUCAAGCUUUGGGUUGAGCAAUACGAAAAGGAUGCAAAACCUGCUAUGGCUGAACUCUUGACCAUGCUGUUUGAGGCAUGUGGAGCUAAGUACUAUAUUCGGGGAGAGUCGCUGGAUGAGAUUGAUGUGGAUGAUGUUGUAAUUGCUCUUGUGAAUCUCGCUAGAAGAGGAGAAGUUGAAGAUUAUCAAAGUUCGAAAAAAAAGGAAUUCAAAAACUUUAAGGAUAAUCUGAUUUCAUUUUGGGACAACCUAGUUAUCGAGUGCCAGAAUGGACCAUUGUUUGAUAAGGUUUUGUUCGACAAGUGCAUGGACUACAUUAUUGCUCUUUCAUGCACCCCUCCAAGAGUUUACCGUCAAGUUGCUUCGUUGAUGGGCCUUCAACUUGUAACAUCCUUUAUAUCUGUUGCAAAAAUGCUUGGUGCACAGCGAGAAACGACUCAGAGACAGUUGAAUGCUGAAAAGAAGAAACGAGUUGAGGGCCCUCGUUUGGAGUCUCUAAAUAAAAGGUUGUCCAUGACUCAUAAGAAUAUAACAGACCUAGAGGAUAUGAUGCGGAAAAUAUUCACUGGGUUAUUUGUGCAUCGGUACCGAGACAUUGAUCCUAAUAUUCGAAUGGCAUGCAUACAAUCACUUGGUGUCUGGAUUUUGUCAUAUCCUUCAUUCUUUUUGCAGGAUCUAUACUUAAAGUAUCUUGGGUGGACUCUAAACGAUAAAAGUGCUAGUGUACGGAAAGCAUCCGUCCUUGCAUUACAAAAUCUUUACGAGGUGGAUGAUAAUGUGCCAACUCUAGGUCUAUUUACUGAAAGAUUUUCCAAUCGAAUGAUUGAACUUGCUGAUGAUAUAGAUGUUUCAGUGGCUGUAUGUGCCAUUGGGCUUGUGAAACAAUUACUCAGACAUCAGCUUAUACCUGAUGAUGAUUUGGGCCCUUUAUACGAUUUGCUCAUUGAUGAUCCACCUGAAAUUCGGCGUGCCAUUGGGGAAUUAGUGUUUGAUCACCUAAUUGCUCAAAAAUUCAAUAGCACCCAGUCUGGUUCAAAAGGAAUAGAAAGUGAAUCUUCUGAGGUCCAUCUGGGCAGGAUGUUGCAAAUAUUAAGAGAGUUUUCAGCUGAUCCAAUUUUAAGUAUCUAUGUUAUUGAUGAUGUUUGGGAGUACAUGAAGGCCAUGAAGGAUUGGAAGUGUAUAAUCUCCAUGCUCUUGGAUGAGAACCCAUUGAUUGAGCUUAAUGACGAUGAUGGAACAAACUUGAUUAGACUUCUUUUCGCAUCUGUCAGAAAGGCUGUUGGGGAGAGGAUUGUUCCUGCUUCCAAUAACCGAAAGCAAUAUUACAAUAAAGCUCAAAAGGAAAUGUUUGAAAACAACAGGCGGGAGAUCACUCUUGCCAUGCUGAAGAACUAUCCUCUUCUAUUACGCAAAUUUAUGGCUGACAAGGCAAAGGUGCCAUCACUAGUUGAGAUCAUUGCAUAUAUGAAUCUUGAGAUUUAUUCCCUGAAGAGACAGGAGCAGAAUUUCAAAACUGUUCUCCAGCUCAUUAAAGAUGCAUUUUUUAAACAUGGUGAAAAGGAGGCGCUGAGAUCCUGUGUAAAAGCUGUAAUGUUUUGUUCUAGUGACAGUCAAGGAGAGCUGCAAGACUUUGCCCACAAUAAAUUAAAGGAUAUUGAAGAUGAGCUUAUUGCUAAGCUUAAAUCUGCACUUAAAGCUGUAGUGGGGGGUGAUGAUGAAUAUUCUCUUCUUGUAAAUUUGAAAAGGUUAUAUGAACUUCAGUUGUCCAAGGCUGUGCCAAUUGAAAGCUUGUAUGAAGAUCUUGUCAUGAUUCUCCGUGGUUUCAGAAACAUGGAUGAUGAGGUAGUCAUUUUUCUGCUUCUCAAUAUGUAUUUGCAUGUAGCAUGGUCUCUGCACUCCAUUGUAAAUUCUGAAACAGUCUCUGGAGCAUACUUGUCUUCUCUACUGCUGAAACGUAACACCUUGUUUGAGGAACUUGAGUACUUCCUGAAUACUGCUUCUGGAGUUAAUGAAGAGAGUAAACUUGGAAAUCAGCUGGCUUGCAGAGUUUGUGUUAUACUUGUGGAUAUGUGGUGCUUAUUUAGAAUGACAAAUUUUUCAUCAACAAAGCUGGAAAAGUUAGGAUAUUGUCCCGAUGCAUCUGUUCUUCAAAAGUUUUGGAAACUUUGUGAACAGCAGCUAAAUAUCUCAGAUGAGACAGAAGAUGAAGAUGUGAACAAAGAGUAUGCUGAGGAGACCAAUAGAGAUGCAGUCAUGAUUGCUGCUUCAAAGUUGGUUGCAACAGAUACAGUACCUAAGGAGUAUCUGGGUCCCGAAAUCAUUUCUCAUUUUGUGAUGCAUGGAACAAAUGUAGCAGAGAUUGUUAAGCAUCUGAUCACUGUUCUGAAGAAAAAAGAAGAUGACAUCCCCGCAAUCUUUCUAGAAGCUAUGAAAAAGGCCUAUAAUCGGUAUGCCAUGGAACUUUCCAGAAGUGUUGAUAAGUCCUUGACCAACAAGUCUUUCGAAGAAUGUAAGGACCUUGCUAUUCGACUUUCAGGAAUAUUUAUCGGUGCCGCUCGGAAUAAGCAUAAAUCCGACAUCUUAAAAAUUGUCAAGGAAGGUAUUGAAUAUGCAUUUGAAGAUGCUCCAAAACAACUUCCCUUUCUGGAAAGUGCUGUGCUUCAAUUUGUCUCCAAACUUCCUACUCCUGAUGUCCUGGACAUUCUAAAGGAUGUCCAAAAACGAACUGAGAAUGUAAACACAGACGAAGAUCCCAGUGGCUGGCGUCCCUACAGCUUGUUUGUUGAAAGUUUGCGUGAAAAAUAUGCAAAGAAUGAAGGCAUAAUAGAUGAGAAAGAAACUGUAAAACGCAGGGGACGUCCACGAAAACGGCAGAAUAUUGAGGGAAAGAGACUCUUUGAGGAACACAGUUCUAGUGAAGAAGAAGAUUCAAUUAGUGCCUCAGACCAGGAAGUUGCUCAAGAGGAAGAGAAGCAAGAUGAUGACGAAGAAGAAGAUGCUCCUUUGAUACACACACUUAGGUCUUCAGCUAAAUUAAGGCAUUUGAGAAUUUCAAGAGAGGAAAAAAGAGUCCAAACAAAUUCUGGAACUUCUGGAAGAGCUACAGAUAAUUGACCUGCUUCUGAAAAAUCUGGAGGGCAUUGCCUAUGUGGCGGCAAAGGUGUUGGCGCGAUUGUUUAUCUUAUUGUGCGUGCACGUUCUUCAAUUCAGCCUAAUCUAGUUGAAAGUUUCUUGGCUUUGCUGUGGUUCAUGUUAGGCUUACUGUACAGAUUUUUACUGUUUUUAAUGCUGCGGCAAAGCACUAAUACUGUUUUACCACACAGCACUGCCCCUUAUGUGCAGUUAGAGGAAGAUUGCGAGAAGUUUUCUGUACUUGGAUUUCAACUCUAGGAAGAUUUAGUUCUGAA